AUGCCAUCUGGGGAUUUGAUCAUUACCAACGUGGACGAAAGUGAAGCAAAGGACAAGACCUAUUACUAUACAGCACUGAAUGUUCUGACAGGAGAGAAGUAUUAUAGCAACCCAGCUAAAAUAUUUUUAAAAGGUAAUCAUUGCAUCGCUCAGACCGGGUUUUUCGUAAUCGUCCCAUUAAAACAGGAAGUUUUUAGCCUUUCAUCUGUCAGAAUGUUGGCCUUUAUUAAUCUUGGCACGUUUUGAUAAUUAAGGUUUUUUUAAGAACCCUUUACUCACUAUGGAUAGAAUUGAUAGAGAACUUUGCGAAGUGUCGCAAAGCCAAAACCAAGGUCAUUUCAACAUGCAAAAAACGAGCAGACUUCCGAAAGCGCAGAAAAUUUGAAUGGCCAAGUCGCUAGAGGUUUGAGUUUUGUACCUGACUGGUUGAAAAGGUGACGUGAAUCUUGCUGGCUCAUCACAAAACUAAGUAAUUCAGAACCCAGAUUACUUUCACCACUCAAUUGAAAAAUUAACUGAUGUAGCUAUAUUCUGCUCUUUCCCUUUCUUAGACCAACAAGAAACUCCUCCCAGGGUACUGACCAAACCCUUCAACAUUACGAUACAGGAGGGAGACACAAGUAAGUUACAGUGCGUGGCGGAAGGAUUCCCGAUACCUGCAGUGGAGGACUACAGCUGGAGGAAGGAUGGGGUCGUCAUUCAGAUGGGACACCGCUUUUCAAGAUUUGCCGGUGGAAGCCUGAAGAUUAAGCCCACGCAGUUUCAAGAUCAAGGGUUGUAUGAGUGCACUGUAAAAAACUCCAAAGGGAACAACACCUUGUAUGUGUAUCUUACUGUGCUUGGUGAGUAUAGAGAUAAAUGAACUACAAUUUUUUUAACGGCUUUAUGAUACAAAGAUAAGCCAUUUUGGAACGGUGAGGACUGUCACUUCAGCGCAAAUGGUCUUCUGGUUUUUAAUGUCGCUUUUUCCUUCGCAAAGGAAACCCAUAUAAGGUAAUCAGAGUUUAUUGAGAGACUUUCCUUUUUUUUUUGUCUUAGUUCCCCUCAAGUAUCUUGUUCGCCCUCAAAGAAAGGUUGCGCCAGUGUUAUCUUCAAAUACGGGCACCAAAAUGGAAUGCGACGUCACUGGACAACCAAAACCUAACAUCACGUGGCUUCAGAAUGGCAAAAUAUUUCCCGGCGAUGAGCGAAUCACAGUUGAGCCGAAAAAACUCGUUUUCGCUGUGAUGUACAGCAAGGAUGUUGGUGUGUACCAGUGCAUCGCGGACAAUGGUCUGGAAUUAGUACAGAGCAGCGCUGUGCUUAUUACUGGGGGUUAGUGAGAUGACCUAAUAUUAAUUGCCUCUUUUUUAAUAGUAUCCUGUUUGACAGAGGUUUCCUGUAGACAGCUAGAGUGGAACUCAGUCCACACUUAACGAAAGAAUGAACCAAAGAACGACAAAAAACGACAAACGAGGAAACGAGGAAAUGAAAAUGAGAACGAACGAACCUUCAGUUUGGAUGUUACAUAAAAGCUGUAUGGUACUAAAUUACUCAAUUAAUCUGACAGAAAAAUGGAAUAUAAAUAUGACACUUAAAAACACACAAGGAAAGUACUACAUGUCUCCCGUGCUCCCGUUUAAAGCAGAUUUCCAUGUAAGAUUCAAUAUAAUUACCUUUCUUGAUUUUUGUUUCACCAUUGCAGUAUGUUAUCGUAUUAUCCAACUUGCUUACAUUUCACUUACUCUUCAUCAGAACGCAAUCCAUCAAUCAGAACAAGUGCCGACCGAGUUGUUCUAAAUCGAGGAGAAAAGCUCCAUAUAUGGUGCAAGGCCUUCAGUCAAUCCAGGCCGGAAGUCACGUGGUACCUUGAUAAUGUGAAGUUACACGAAGAGGACGGAUAUUCUAUGACGCAAGAACUGGAGGUUGGGGGAACUAACGGAGAUGAAGGCACAAAGAGCACCCUAAGGGCAGACAGAUUGGACGUGAGAAGGACUGGUGAAUACAAAUGUGAGGCUUGCAAUAUCGGCAACUGUACAGCAAAUGUUAUUGAGGUCUUUAUUGACGGUAAGUACUGGAAUCUAGCGUACAAAAAUAACUGAAUAGUCUAGUUUUGAAUUGAGCAAUCGCGUUGAUGUAUUUCGACAGGUUCUCACAAAUGUGAAGAAAAAUUUGAAGUCUUCCUGAUAAACUUAAAACUGGACUGAUUUUCAUAGCGUUACUCACAGAUUCCAUCUUGUGUUCAAAGCCAUUUGAGCACAAUUCUUGUGGUUUGAACGACUUUGACUUUUUUCUAAGGUACAACAAACAUCACUUCAUUACCACCCGUUGUCAACGCAACCGUUGGUCACUCUCUUCAGCUGCCGUGUGUAGCGAAAGGUUACCCAGUCCCUAUCGUCACGUGGUCCAAAGACGGCGUUCGCAUUCCGUUUGACCAUCUGCAGUCAGUGUCAAGUGACAAUACAUUUCACAUCUCUAAGGUUCAAAAAGGAGACGCAGGUCGGUACAAGUGCACAGCGGUCAACAGGAAUAAUAUCGGAGACGAGGGUUUUGUGGAUGUUACUGUUUUUGGUGAGUGAUGAAUUUGCCGCAAGUUGUGGUUUGAAAAGGUUGUGGUUUUCACUUGAAUUCUCAGUUGUAUCAAAUAAAUCGAGCAAGGAAAGUGGGGAGUUAAAACCUCAAGUAUGGGUUCUUAUUUGAUGGAGGGAAAUGUACUGUUUUUUCGAAAUUAAUUGUGGCAAAACAUCCGGUCUACGGAGAAAAGAAAGUAGCUUUUUUGUAAUCUAUUACCGGAUUACUAGUUCGAAUUCAAGAGUUGAUAAUUUUAACCUCUCUAAUCAUUUGACAAAUAACCGACAGUUAAACAACCAUGGCUAAACUCAACCCAAUAUUGUCUCCCAGUGGGAAGGGGAGCAGUUGUAUGGUCGGGGAAGCAUAAUUCAUCUCUGUUCAAGGUCUACAUGUCACUUUUGCUAUCUAGAGUCUAAUUGCAAGGUUUGACUUUUCUUUCCUAGAACUUCCAAAUCCAAAAGUAGCGUUCUCACACGAGUGGUUGGAAGGACAAAGUGGUACCCUAUCAUGUUCAUCCAUCACACAUGACGGGUCAUUAAAUCUUCGCUGGCAGAAAGACGGAAAAGACGUUGUUGCCGUGGCCGACACUAUUAGUAUAAAUUAUUUAAUCAAUUUGGGCAUGAGCUUUUUGCAAUUAAAACGUCUAACUGCGGCGGACUCAGGCGAGUAUAAGUGCGUGGCGAGUAACAUAGCUGGGACAGCAAGUGUGUCUCAAGAAAUGGUCGUAUAUGGUAAGUUUGUCUUCGCGCACGUUUAAUAUAUUACUCUUAACAAACACGAACAAAAAGUGGUGGAGAAGUAGUAGAAAGGGCGAGUAAGCGGUCGUUUCCUUGGCCACUGUCUCUCACCCACAAAUGGUUUGUCUCGUGCUCGUAAAAAUUUAUUCCUCUCCUCAGCCUUUCUCUGAGUAAAAAUCUAAGUUGGCUGCCAAAACAUUCACGAAAGAGUAACAAACUUUCGCUCGCCAUGAUUGAGACGCCUGUACUGCAGGCUAUGUUUCAUCAGGAAUGCCAGGAAAGGAGUUUUUUGGUCUUAUCCUCUGAAAGCAAUGAUUGAGAGCUGAAAAAUGACUGAUAUUAACCAGUCAGUUAGUGUUCUGACCUCUGUCCUGGUUGGUGAAAAGUCGAUGAAUUGGCUGACAAGGAACUUAAAUUUGGCGGAUGACUUGAUUUUGCUCAUGUUCAAUAAAGCGAAUGGUUCAGAUUUUCUUCAUUUUUUGGCACUUCAAAUAUAUUUACCAUUUGUAAACCGUAUUAUUUCCCUUUUUGUUUCGUUUUUAAUCGUUUUUUUUUUUUUUUCAUAUUUCUCCGUUUCCUUUAGUGCCACCAUCCAUCCCUCAGCAAAAUCCAAUCACUCAACAAAUCCUCAAAACUUACACAACUUACUUGACAUGCGUGACAUCCGGGACACCUCCUCCACGCAUUGAUUGGUACAAGUUUGAGUCAGUUGGCGGCAAAUUCGUCCCAGUCCAGAUGGAAAACCCUCGUUUUCGGAAAAUGUUGAAUGGAACUUUGGUCAUAAGGGACGUGAGGGGCGACGACGACGGAACGUAUUCCUGUGCGGCGUACAAUGCAGUCUUUGAUGACAGGCCUAGCAGUCAAGUGCGACUAAUAGUUCAUGGUAUAAAAAACCUUGAUAGUGAAAAUAGAAAUUUCUGUCAUUAAUAUCAUUAAAAUCUAUAUAAUUUUUACCUUUUGUUGUAGAAGUCAAACGCUUUGUCUUCUCUGGAGCCAAAUUGCCCAAAAUCGACGGAGAAUAUCAUGGUUUUCAAGGUUUCCACACCAUACCACGUUCCUUUCCUUUUCCUAAGUUCACAUUGCGGACCUAUUUCUUAAUUUUGUUUGUUUAUCUUGUCUAGCAGUGCCAGCCACUGUUGUUACUGCGCCCGCAAAUACAGCGGCCAAGGUCUCCGAUGACGUCAAGAUAACGUGUGUGGCAGUAGGGAACUUACCGAUUCAGUUAGCUUGGUUUAAUGGUAGCAGGAAAAUGCGUAACAACUCCAGAGUUACAAUAAAAAGUUCCGUGGAAAAAGAAUAUUACCGAGUUAACGGUUCGCUUCAUAUCCAGAAGCUGUUGCUUCAGGAUACCAAACAGUAUUCAUGCAGAGUCACAAACGAGUUUGGAAGUGACACCAAGCCGUUUCAAAUCACAGUUCAACGUAAGAAGUUAUCCAAACUUUUUUCUGAAGUUAGAUAAACUAAUCGCUUAAAACGAUGGUGUUUUUCCCCAUUUUCGAGUUCCAUGAACCCCAGCGACCGAAAUGACGUUAAGUACUAAACGUUUAUUGUGAAAAAGAGAUUUUUUUUUCACGAGAAUAACAAAUUAUAUUCAUCUGGAAGACUUGAAUAGGGUAGAAAAGAUGGAAAAAUUUUAACUCCGGCGCAGGAAGUCUUUUUGUGCUGAACCCAGAAUACACAGGAAGCCUUUCCCAUAUCAACUUAGAGAUGGACUAACUCUCUGACGAGUUCGCUCCGACUUAGUUGAUGUAGGAGCCAAUCAUGAAAACGGAGCUAGUUGGAAUCAAAUCCUAUAGAUAGAGUCACGGUUUUCUUUGUUUCACGUCUGUAAAAUAUGUUUCAUUAUAUUUUUUAUUUGGUUAUUAAUUUUUUUUUUGCUUUGAAAGGAAUCAUCUUUGUAUCAUUUUUUUUCUCGUAUUCUCAGAGGAACCAUCUCCUCCCUCAAUGCCAGUCGUCAAGGAAACGGAAGCAACAUCCAUAUACUUGACUUGGAGCCCAGGCUUCGAUGGGAACGCACCGAUCAUUCAGUACAUAGUGGAGUUUAAACUGCGCACGAGAGGCUGGGACGAGAGUAAAAGGAGAGUAGCAAGACAGUCUAAUGGUCUCCAAGUUGACGGACUGCGGCCAGCUUCUGAGUACGAACUUCGGGUGUACGCUGAAAAUAAACUGGGAAAAAGUGAUGCGAGCCAUUAUACAACUCGCAAGACACUUGAAGCGGGUAAGUCCUGUUUUGUUCAUUUCAAUUUUUUUUCUUCGGCUAUGUAAUUUUUGUUGAAGAUACACUUCUCUAAUUGCAUAUUUACGCAUAGCAAGCUUAUCUCUGCAGCAAAGUAAAGGUCGGUGGUGAGUUCUGCUGAAUCUUAGUAAGAUUUAUGUACCCUGUUGGUUUUCAGUAACUAUUCUCCUGGAACCCUCGAGGACUUUCUUUUGAGUUUUACUGAUAGACAUCAUACAUCCACGUAUCGUAAAGUGUAAGCGAAAAAAAUAAAUCUUACCUUAACUAAUAAGCAACUCUUCCACAGCUCCAUCACAGGCACCAAAGCUUAAGAACGUCACUGCUGUUUCAUCCAAAGAGAUUUACGUUGCGUGGGAGGUGAGCUACUACCUUGUAGGAGAGGGGAGCGGGGGUAAGGCCUCAAGGCAUCUUAUUUCGGUUUGGGAAUUAAGCGGCAAAACUUUGUUUCAUUAGAGCUCAACAGAUGUGGAGGAGUUGUUUCUUCUUGCAAAAAAUUCAAUUUUAUCGGGUGUCUAGUAAACGUUUUGCCCCCUUUGACUUUGCAGUAUGCAGUGAGAAAUUUCGAUUCGUAUAAAAAUGACUAUGUCUUUGGAUAAACCAUAUUACUUCAGUAUUCUGAUCAAUUCAGAAUUUAAGGCAUGGGUAGCUAGGUCCCCUCUUCGUUACAAAUGACCUGCAGUUGUUGUCAAAGCGGUGUUAUGGAAUUUGUAUUUUCCUUUUUCCUUCAAACAGCCUCCUCCUGUUUCCAGCAGAAAUGGUGUGCUCCGAGGUUACUUUGUUCUGUACAGAGAGGACAAUAAGUACUAUCGAGGCAAAAACUUAACUGUGAGGGGUGGGGAAAGAAGGAAUUACCUUAUCAGAAAUCUUAAACCUUAUAAGAUAUACAUCAUAGAGAUUCAGGCAUUUACCCGAGCGGGAGUGAGUCCGAGAAGGAAAGAGACGAAAAAAGUUCAAACACAUGAGGAUGGUGAGCAUUCUGACUGGUUGUAUGAUUAAAUAAUUAUUUUUGUGUGAUAAUUGAAUUGAGUAUUUAUUUGAUGGUAGUAUGCGAGGAACGUCAUCAGACUCGCUUUUUGCGACAGGAUUGAAUCGGUGCUUAAUUCAAGGAUGAGCUAAUUACUCUACAAAGUGUCUCUUUCCACUAAGAAGUAUCAAUAGGUAUCCGUUAUCUGCCGAAAAUUCUGGAGAAAAUUGAAAAUUUAGCUUGUAGACUUCAUCAAGAGAGUAUGCAGAUGGUAGACGAUGUCUGUCUUUCCAGCCUCACACUUGUACAUGGUGCUUAAAACACGUGCCCUAGCACUUCAGAUCACGCACACUGUAAGAUCGUUAGCACCCAUAUAUUUAGUUUCGCACUGCUUGUCAAGUCAAUAAAGAUUAAAUACGUGUUAAAAUGUCAUUCCUGGUGUCGGCAUCGAAUCCGCUGAGUUGGCAGGUAUACACACAUACCCCCUAAGAACUCGAGCUCUCCCAAUUUAAAAAUAUAUAACGUACGUAAUGACGCGAGUAAUUGUUUCUUUACUUCAUUUUUACUAGUCCCCAGUCAGCCUCCUCAGUCAGUCAUGAUCAGAGUUCUUAGCUCGCAAAGCAUGGAGGUUAAGUGGAAUGAACCACCCAAGAACACUAUAAACGGGCAGUUACGUGGUCACCGAGUGUACUACUACAGCACAAAGAACCCAAAGCAAGUGUUCGACAGAACUGUGACCAGACCCAAUGGAUUGAAUGGACAGUGGAACGUCACUCUAACACGAUUGCACAAGUUUACAACAUACAAGAUCCAAGUGGCGGCGUUUACUCGCAUAGGGACUGGUAUCAAGAGCCUUCCACGAACUGGAACGACGCUAGAAGAUAGUAAGUUUGAUGAAAGAAUUAUUUACUUUUUUUCAUAUUUGUUUGGCUGUUUGGAACCACGUCUAAGGAAAUGCUCAGAGGACAGUUUUUACCACAGAUGAACAUCAUAUAAAUAACAAGAGUUACAAAAGUUUAAUCGCACGAUGAAAAGUAGAACGUGGAGAGGAGCUAAAACUAAUAAUAUAAUUUUAUAAUAAAUAAUUAAUAAUAUAAUUUUACUAAUACUUAUAUAGCGUCGAUAUCAAUAUUGAUAUUUUCAUCAGCGCUUACAAAUAAAAAUAUCUCAAAAUUACCCAGACUACUUAAAUCCUAAAAAAAAAACUGCAUGAAACCCACUAAAAACAAGAUUAAAAAGCAUAUAAAAUCACAAAAAAGCUUUCUGAAGUAAAAAUGUCUCGAUUGUCUUUUUAAAAGAUGUUACUGAAGGGCUACUCUUAAUCGCAUAGGGCAAUGAAUUCCAUAGUUGAGGAGCAGCAGCAGCAAAAGAUCGAUUUCCUAACGUUGCUUAAGUCUUUAAUUUCACAGGGUUUAGUAGCAGUCCAUCACUAUCGGAUCGUAACUUGUAUUUACAUGCUUCUUCAAGACUAAUAAGUUCUUGGAGAUAAAAAGGCGCUAAGUCAUUGAUAGCCCUAUACGUCAACAAUAACAUCCUAAAGUCUAUUCGGAAUUUAACCGGCAGCCAGUGCAUAUUAUACAGCAACGGUCCUACAUGGCAAUAUUUAGAUUCCUGGAAAAUUAACCUAGCCGCAGCAUUUUGGAACCUAUGUGGCUUAUCAAGCUGGUAGGCUGGCAGGCCAUAGAGCAGGCCGUUACAAUAGUCUACACGACUUGAGACAAAUGCGUGAAUGAGCGUAACUAAGUGAAUAUGUACUAUCACGGUCACCCAAAAGUAUUUAAAAUCUUGCUUCAAGCGUCAAAACGAACUAACCAAUAUUUCUGGAAUAUGGACAUGCACGUAAACUGGCUUUAUGAUGAAAGAAAUAAAAUGGUGACAACUUGCUUAACUUGUAGAAACUUACCUGGGGGAGCAAAGCAGUGUUAACAUGAAGUGAGCAAGCUGGAACACGAACUUAAACCAUUGAACACAACUCUGUCUUGUUUAAAUAUGAUGUUUUUUCGAACCUCGACAGUAUAAAGCCAUGAUAUUCAAAAUUUCUUUCAUAAGCUUUUUUUCUCAUUUAUCUCUGACGAAUAUCGCUCGACAUCUAAAAAAAUUAUCAUUGUUUUUCAGUCCCAGGACCUCCAAGUAAUGUUCAGGCCAUCCCAGUUUUCAAGCAAACAAUCCGUGUACUCUGGGAUCCCCCGUUGGAACCUAAUGGCAUCAUAAGAGAGUAUCGACUCUAUUACAGAAAGAGUAUCGCAGACUUUCUUCUUACUGACCCCACUGAACAUGUGUUAAGUGGAAAUAUGACGUCAAAAUAUCUACCUCAGUUAGAGUCUGAAACCGAGUAUAGUUUUUGGGUGAAAGCAAGCACUUCCAUCGGAGUUGGAGGCAAUUCAACGGUAGUCAGGCAAAUGACACAAGAAUCAAGUAAGUGCACAUUUCCUCAGAGCCUUUGACACCCUUGUUCAGUGGAAAACAUGGUCUGAUCAAACAAAACUGUUUCCCUAACAUUUGAUUGAUUGAAAAACCAAAAGUAUGAAAAAAAGACUGUACUCAAUAAACUUUCGUUUCCGAUUGAUCAGAAUACAAAGACAUUCUUUUGAUGAGAAAAAUUCCUUUUUUCAGUUCCAGCCAACAUCUUUUACGACAAUUUACCUGUGACCCUUGCGACUAGAUCAACAUCCGCCAUCUUGGAAUGCGAAGCUUAUGGUUACCCUAAGCCCUCGGUGAUGUGGUACAGCAGUGGUCGUGAGCUUACAGACACUACGAAAUACCGUCUGCUGACAAACGGCUCUUUAGAGAUCAUAAGCGUCAGAGAAGCUGACGCUGGGGAUUAUGAGUGCACGGCAAGUAACAAACUGGGAAUAAAAACAGUCAUCAGGAAGCUCAAAGUGAAAAGUAAGCUUACGACACUUAAUUUUGUUUCCAGGCUCUUUCUUUUCUCUUUUCCUUGGAGAGAGGAGAACCCCUUGGGACAAAAGUUCAAAUAAGCGAUGCUGGGUAAGCUCAGAAAGAAUAGGGAUUAAGCAAAAGCAAAAGUCGACAGUAACAUUUUUUCUUAAAUUGUGAAAUGAACACAAGUUGGUAAUGUCUUCAAAAAAGAUUCCUCUCUCACAUCUUUCAGUGGGUGAUUCGUAUUUGUAGUCUCUCGCCAUGAUUCCCUACUAAUAACUUGCGUCUAUGGGCCUUGUCCUCUUUCGAUUUUUUACACAGUUUGACUUAGUUGCUCUGAGGAAUGUUUGUCUCUUGUUUUUAUCUUGGGUCUGUCAUUUAAUUUUUAAAGUAUGACAAUCAUCCGUCAGUUUCUUUCUUUAGUAUUAUCUUAAGUACUUUCAUGAGGUGACUCAGUAAUUUUACGACUGAUGUAAAUAGCGGGAAUGAGUUUCUUAACAGAAUGCUUUUUAUUCUUCUCGCUAGCAACACCAUUACCACCGAAAGUGAUAGAAUUCAAAAUUCUCAUAAAUAGUACCGCUCUGAACAUCACCUGGCGCGGAUGGAAUGAUGGGAACAGCCCCGUAACUAUGUUCAUCCUUGAAUAUAAAGUUAAGAGCGAAAAGUGGGAAGUUCAGUACAUCAGUAACAUUAACUACUACCUGUUGUACAAUGUGGAUUUCAACAAAGUUUACUACUUUAGGAUCUCUGCACUAAACGCAGUAGGAAAAGGGACACCAAGUGCAGUGCGUAAGGUUGUAUUUAGGGGUAAGUUAUAUAAAGUUGGGUUGGAAGAUUGAAAUGAUUUGUAACGGAGCAAUAACCUUGCACAUGUUUACCUGGCAGCGCUCUGUGAUUGGUUUGUUAAUUAAUCAUACCAUCCUCUUAACCAACCGAUCGCAGCUUUGUAACUAGCGUUUUGCCACGUUUGAAGUCAGUUACAUGUAUUUCGUCAUUGUAUCAUGUGUUCCUCACAAUGUUAAGUUCUGAUUAACUGGCGUGAUUUCCUUGGUUUUGACUUUACAAUUGUCAAUCGUAAAGUGCUCCAAAAAGUCAGAGGAAUUGAUUCAAUCAAGUCGAAACCUAAGACUUGCAAAUGGACUUACGCUCGAAAAUCCUAAGGGUAAGAUCCCUGGGGUGAAAGAGUGACCUUAGCUCGGGUAAUGUUAGCCAGUUUUAGCUGAUUGUAAUAGUUAUUUGGAUUUUCAUUUCAAUAGAUGGAAACACCCUCAUUGACACCCUGGAGGAAGCGGGAGACAUCGAAGUACCGACCAAUAAAAGAACCCAGUUUUAUCGGCAUCCAGCGUUCUUUGGAGUGUUGAUCGGUGUCGGAGCUCUCAUAGUCGUCGUUAUAGUGUGUCUAUUGCUGGUCGCCUUCAGAGGAGGACGCAUUGAUCUCGACAAAUUUCACGGUAAUUGCGCGUGCUCACUAACAGACCGAUUCUCAAGAGCCCAAAGGCUUUUCCAUGUUUACGUUUUCCCUGCCAAUCAUAGGUCGUGUAAAGUUUUGAAUUACAUAUGAGCCACUGGCACCCUUUCCUCUGGAUAAAGUAACGAGGGCUCUGGAAGGAGAUUGUCUCGCACAUCUGUAAGUCUAGAUCUUCUUACAUCAAUCUUGUUCCUACACCCUCCUUACGAGGGCUCUGGGAUCGAUGUUACUCAUACGUUAACUGUCUAAACUGAGUGAAAGAUUGCCGUGACCUUUCAACACAAAGGGCUCAAUUUAGGCCUGCGCAAAACCUUGAAGUGGAUUAUACUGUUGAAAAAUAGUAUCAGUUUCGUGAUCUUGCAUCUCUUUUCAUUGGUUUCCUAUCAAUUCACUCACUAGCUUAUAUUUCAUUUUAAUCUCCUAGAUUGGAGGAAAUACUGGAAAGGGAAAAUAUUUCGUGAGCAACUUCCGGUCGACCAAGAGGAUUACGAUCAAAGGCAAGUAGAAUCCUGUAAACCCAACUCUUGUUACUGUUCAUUACAUAUUUCUUUGAAGGUGAUAAUUUUACCCACAGAUUGUCACGAAAAUAGCGAGUGCCACAUGACAGAAAACAAGUGUUAGCUUCUGCGAUUGAUUUAGAAUAUUCUGCGUAAUUCUUUUCCAGGGGAAGCAAUCCUGACCAGUCAGAAGGUAGUCCUGCAAGUAAUGGUAACAUGGCAGAUUCUUCUUCUUCCUUAGACCCAAUGCGGUCCACACACGGCUCUGAGAUCAGUCUCCCAACCAACACGCUCCGCAAUCAUUUUGCUCAGGAGACCAUAAUGGAGGAGGACUACCCACCCCCUCCUCCUCCCUAUCACUCAGGAACACCAGGACAGGCCCCACCAAAUGAAGGCAGCUUUAGUGACACUUCUUCAGAAGGAAACUUGAAUAAUCCAGUUUACCACCGACCCAUUCUCCAUGACACCGAUUCAGCUGCUCGCGCGCGACGUUUUGCCGAUGCAAGCGAUCAUGGCAUGUAUCCCACUUUCUUCAUCACGCAGAGAUCGCUGAACGGAACGCCAGGAAUCGGGGUCUUAGGAUUCCGCGGACAUGCCGACGGAGGGUCUGAACUAGAUACCACCAGCAUAUCACGGACAGUGGAAUCUAAUAUUGACCUGCGACAUUCAGCAGGGGCGAGUAGACUGAGCAAAAGCAAAAGCCGCGGACAAAGCCAGGAACUAGUUCAUCCAGUCUACUCUCAAAGCCCGGCAUCCGGGGCUCCAAGAUCACGUGACUCGGGCCUAGGCCCAUCACGGAAUGAACUUCGCCGAACGAGCCUUAAUUCUAAACGUAGUUCUAGCCAAGUGACACCUGUAUUGCGGCCGAUGCCAACGCCUCAGCGGCGGGAGUCUGGGUCAUCAAAGGAGCUCAGCCCUUACCACAGGGGUUACGACAGAACCUUGGGAUCUCGUGAUCCUCGUGCUUACGAUUCGGCUUCUUCAGAGUACAGCUCGUCACGUGACGAACUUAUAUCCGCACUAGAAUUUGGAAAAAGACAUAAUCUUGACCAGUAUUAUGGAAUACCAACUUUGGAAACUACGUCUGUAUCUUCAACUACAACGAACAGUAGCGAUCAGGACGGAAUUUGCAAGUUUACAGCCAGUCCCAGACCUUUAGGGGACGGCUGUUAUGCACCCACUCCAGUUCACGCUCCUCCGUUUCACUCAAGAUCAAAAUCGCGCGGAAAUGAGAACUACAUUUAUGUCCUCGAUCCACGACGGCGCGGCGCUGAACGAAGUACUGCUGCUCAGCCUAAUGGUUCGAUGGUUUGACGAAGGUUUGAUGUCGGUAAGGAAGCCGUCGUCAGUUUUUGAUUGUUUUUGGUUUCAAAAUGGCGCCUAUAAGUUGAAUGAAUUGUGGCGUCCAGAUUAAAAGAUACCCCAGAUUUUGGAUCAACAAUUUCAUACAAAGAAAAAAAUUAACUUUCUCUUAAGCUUGGCUAAUAAAAAAUAUGAAAAUUGCCGACAUUUAGUCACGUAGUGUAACAUAGUAGGGCCUUCGAGUGGGGCUGACAGCGAAAAAAUUAAGAAUAAAAAAUAGGUUAUCAAGGAAUGUUACUUUCAAAGAACGUAUCGGAAAUCACAACUGGAAUCGAACUGAAAAGUUUUGGUCAGCGGUCUCCUGACUAUUCUAAAAUCGCUAUUUUUCCCUCUCAUUGAAAUUCUCAGAACAGACUUAGAUAGCAAAAUCGAACCGAAGAUGAAUUUAAUAGAAAACAGAAAUUAAAACAUGGAUUUCAAAUUAAGGAAAAUAUUCAAAACAACAACAAAAGAAUCAAUGUACAGAAAUCUAAUAUAAUUCACGUGAUGAACAUUCACAGUAGUAUUGUAAAUAUGUAAGUUCACAGUAAAGAUAGCAAUGCAAAGUAUGAAGGUCUAAUAAAAGUGAAACGAGUUACAAAAGAAAUAGAUGAAGAAACUUCACCAUUGGUUGACUGUUGGACCCCAACCCUUGAGUGCUUUUCAACCCAAGUGAGAAUCAAAUGAAAUGAUAGAAAUGGAGACAUUGUGAUCGUCUCUUCUCUUGGCAAUUUUUUGGGUCUGUUAAUCAGCGAGGUUUAUUUGUGUACCUACUGGUAAACGACUUCGUCGUGGAAAAAGUACC